AUGACACCCCCGCAGGCCGUGUUCCACGCGCUAUUGCGGCCUGCCAUAAUCCAGAUCUUGCGUGCAACUGGCUAUCACUCCGCGAAACCCGUUGUAAUCGACAGCCUCACCGAUCUCGCAGCCCGAUACCUGAACCUGUUGUGUGAGGAGACUGCCCGCCAUGCCAGCGACAACACCGGAGAUUUCGACUACAACGGUGCCGCAGCUCCGACCGUCGUGGACGUGCGGCUUGCGCUGCAGGACGUCGGCGCGUUCCUACCCGAGCGCGACUUCGAGGACCAAAGCUUCACAGGCCAGGAAGAUACAAGAGGCGUGGAUGACUUCGUGGCGUGGGCGAUGGGCCCCAAGAACGAGAAUAUUAGGAGGAUCGCCCUGGAUGGAAGUGAGGAGGGCGUCACGGACUACCUUAGCGCUUUGAAGAAGAGGCACAGCAAGACUGCCGACGACUCGAGGUAUACCGGCACGUUGCUGGGGAAGCCACACAAUCAAGGUCUUGUGGUGGUCGAGGGACACGCAGAGAUCGACAGCAUCCGGAGCUGGGUAGAAAAGCAGCGUGGGCCGUCCAAGACCUCGCCCGACACGGACACAGAGUCCAGACCUGCGUCCAGUGGGCUCAGCUCUAUCGGUACGAUGGAUGGAGAGAUGGACCUGUCAUAG